GCCCAUUGCCGAAGACACCAUUGCUUCAGCUAUAUUAUAUACAGAAUACAAAAACAGCAAUUAUCAAGAUAUUAUAGCUAAAAUAAAAGAGAAAUAUCUGAAUAGCAUUCUACUAUCAAACUUGGCUUCUUCUAGCAGUUAUAUAGUCAAUAGCAUAGUACAAAGAAACGUUAAUGGUGAUAUCGAUGAUGAUGUUCUAUUAUCGGUUGCUUCUGUUAAUAAUAAUUGUAACAAUAUAAGCCUUUUAAACAUGAAAGUAAAUACAGCUAGUAUUGAAUCAAUUCGGAGUGAUGGUAAUUUUGAUGAUGCUACUUUAUGUGCAAACUCUGAGCAAGACCGAAGAAUUGAUCCAAAUAUAUUUUCAAUUGUUG